AUGUUUCUGGAGGGCCCCCCAGAAAAUGCAGUCGAACCUCCAAUCAUUGCUUACAAUGAUGAUGUAUUGAUGUUGCAGGAAUGUGGUUAUGAACCUCAUGAGAUCGCAGACUUUGGAGAACCUGUGUCACCAGUGGAAAUGAUUGAAGAUCACUUGGAAGAAGAUUUAGAAGAGGAUGUUAAUGAGAUUGAAGAUAACUUGCUUGAAGAUAACUUGGAAAUGGGUGUAGAUGUUAAUGAGAUUGAAGAUCACUUGGAAACAGAAGGAGGUGUCAUACGUGACCUUGUGCCACCAGUGCAAGGGGAAGUUGCUAUACAAGAUUUAGAUGCUUAUGCUUGGGUUAGUGAAGAUGACAAGGAAAUUGAUGAGGAUAAUGAAUUCAUUGAAGAUACACAAGUUGUUGGGAGACCUAUGAAAAGGAAGAUUUCUGAGAGAAUUGUGAAGAUCAAGCCGAAGAAAGCGGUUCAUGAUAAGGAUGGAAGGGGUUCUAGUAUUGAGAAACCAGUUAAUUUGGAGUAG